AUGGAUUAAAAAUCUGCUUUUCAUAUAUACAAAUAAACUCUUAUCAGACGCAAUGUUGUGCCCAUUUCUUCAGUUUAUACUUACGAUGUUAAAGAUGUAAAUGUUUUAGCAAUGUAUAAAUUUAGAAAAUUGGACAAGGAGCAUAUGGAAGUGUUUUCAAAGCAAUUCAUAAUGCUUCGAAAUAAGUGAGAGCUGUAAAAGUGAUCAACAAACUCAACAUUAAAUACAAAGAAAGAUUACUAAGCGAGAUAACAAUAAUGGAGCUAUUAGUAUGAAAAUAAAAUUAGCAAUUUAAGGAUCAUCCAAAUAUAUUGAGAGUAUUUGAAACAUUUGAAGAUGAUGAGAAUUUAUAUAUGAUUCUAGAGUAAUAUAUGAAUUUGAGCUAGAAUCUGUUAAGGUGGUGAUGUGUUUGAUAAGGUAUUGGAAAAAGGAAAUCUAUCAAUUGAUGAAGCAUUCAAAGUUUAUAUUCAAUACAUGAGAGCAGUCAAUUACUAUUAAGGCUUCAAAAUAGUUCAUAGGUACAUGUAUUAGAGAUAGUAGGGAUUUGAAACCGGAAAACUUUUUGUUUUAAAAAAAGGAUGAUUUGAACUCUUUAAUUGUCAUUGAUUUUGGAAUUGCCAAGAGAGGCGUCGAUAAAUUAAAAACCAAAAGUGGCACAGUAUACAUCUAAUUUAAUAUAUAGGCCUAUUAUGUAGCUCCUGAAGUAUUGGAAGGAUCAUACGAUUCAAAAUGCGACAUCUGGUCUUCUGGAGUCAUUUUGUAUGUUAUUUUAUGUGGAUAUCCUCCUUUUUAUGGAGAAAAUGAGAAGGAAAUAUUAACUGAAAUCAAGAAUGCUUAAUUAUAAUUUGAAGGUUGUUAUUCUUAAUUAUAAUAUAGGUGAUGAAUGGCUUUAAAUACCACAAGAAAUUAAAGAUUUCAUUAAACUUUAGAUUUGUCCCGCAGCUUAAAGAUCUGCCCCAAAAGAUUUGUUAUCAAAUAAAUUGGUAGAAAAAUUCAAUCAGAAAUUUUAAGUUGAUUAAAAGUUGAUUUCGAUGUUGACGAUAACUCAAUGGGUUAAGUUUCACCCUUUGAAAAGAUUGGGUUUAUAUUAUUUAGCAACCCAAAUCAAUUCAUCAGAUCUUAAAUAACAGAAGAUGGCCUUUUUCUUAAUAAACACAUCUCAAUCUGGACUAAUUACUUAAACAGAAUUAGCAAAUUAUUUGAAGGUGAACAAAUAAGAUAUACAAAAAGUAUGGCCUUCUUUAGAUUGCAACAAUAACGGUUAUUUAGAUUACUUUGAAUUCAUUGCAAUAACAUUGACUCCACAAGAUUAUAAUAAUCAUUUGCAAUUAAUUUUUGAUUUCUUAAGUUAACAAGAGAAAAAUAUCACACAAAAAACUAUAAAAUCAAUUUUUGAUUAAAAUGCUAAUUUGGACUAGAAAUGGGUGUCUAUUUCAGAAACAAAAAGUAAUCAUCAAAAUACACACGAUCAUCAAGUUAAUGUUAAAAAUAUAAUCGAAAAAGAUAUUGAUUUAGCUGGCUUUAAAGCGUUAAUGGGAUGA